AAUUGAUUAUACUCACGAAAAACUUAUAAAGUCUUACUAGACAAAUAUAUAUAACAAUACCCAAUUAGUCACUGUGGUUCUUAUUCCCUAUUAUAUAUACUAUAUUAUAUAUUCAUAAUUUCACCAAUCGACACUACCAGCUCGAUUUUGUGAGAUUAUUCAAAAAUAGUCAAAACAUCAACCAAUACUAAUAAAAAUUUAAACUAGUCUAAUUAACUAUAACUCCUAUUCGUGACUCCGAUUCCAUCCUCCACCAUGAGUAACCUUGACGAUGAAUUCCUUGGCAAGGAUGGUUCUGAGUCCAAAGAAGCAUUAAAUAUUAAUACUGUUCAAAGCGAUGAACAUCAUCAUCAUCAUCAUCAUCAAUCUCCUAAUAUUCAUGAAUUAAGUCUUAAUGAUGAUUUUGAUAGUAUACUAAAUGAUAAUAAUAAUGCUCACCUUGAUGAUAUAAAUCAUCCAACCCAUUCUUCACCUAAUAAUAUACGACAGGAUUCGUUAUCAAAUGGGAAUGACAAUGAUAAUAACAAUAAGGAUAAUAAUGAGGAUGAUAAUGAGGAUGAUAAUGACAAUGACAAUAAUAAUGUAAAUGUAAAUGUAAAUAUAAAUGUAAAUCAAACUGGUACCGGAACCAGUAAUGAUUUAGAUUUAAAUCAUUUACAUGAUUUGGGACUACCGUUACAUAAUUCAGCAUUAAGUAAAGUUGUUGGAGAUAUUGAAGAUGAAGAUAUAAAUAAUAGAACUGUAAGUAAUUCACCUCCACCUCAUACUCCAUUACCAAAGAUUCCUAAAUCAAGUCAAGAAGAAAUAAGGCGAAAUUCUUCAUUAGUACCUAUUACUUCAGAAGCUCCUUUAGAUAGAGGAUCACUGAAACAACAAAUUCCAAAUAAUGAUGAAAAUGAUGAAGCUUCAAAGAUUUCAGCUUAUGCAAGAUUAGAUUUUGAAAAUUUUACAUUUUUUGUCCAAACUUUACAAGUUGUAUUAGGUAGAAAAUCAAAUGAUGAUUUAUUACAAAGUAGUCAUCAUGCUGUAGAUGUUCAUUUAUCAUCAAAAAAGGCAAUUUCAAGAAGACAUGCAAAAAUAUUUUAUAAUUUUGGAACUCAACAAUUUGAAAUUUCAAUUUUAGGAAGAAAUGGAGCAUUUAUUGAUGAUCAAUUUGUUGAAAAGGGAAUCACUAUGCCAUUACAUGAUGGAACUAAAAUUCAAAUUGGUGAUAUUUCAUUUCAAUUUGUUUUACCAUCUAUUGAACCAAAUGAUGAAGAAGAUUUAAAUUUAAAUGGUCAAAAACAAUUUAAUCCAACUGAUGCUAUUAAUUUAAGAAGUAAUUUAAUGAAUUCUUCAAUUCCAUCGACUCCAAAGGUAAAAACUUCUACUAAAAAGGAUAAAAUUAAACAAGAAAUAUCACCAAAAAUUCCGGAAAUUUUAGUAGAAGAUAAAUCAUCUUCAAGUUCAUCAUUAAUAAAGAAAUCAAAGGAUUCAUCAACUAGUAGAAGAAAUUCAAUAUUAAAAAUUAGAAGAUUAUCUAAUGCAAGAAGAAAAUCAUUAGCUAGUUCUGCUAAUGAUGAAAUAAAUGAUAUAUUAAAGGAAUUAGGUGUAACAUCUAUUGGAGCAAUUAAUGAAGAAGAUGCAGAUGCAUUUGAUGCUCAAUUACAAAGUUUAUUAGAUGAAGCAGGAGUAGAUAAUCUUGAACUUGAUAAUCAAUUAACUAAAUUAUCUCGAUAUAGUGAAUCAGCCAUUGAAGAAGAAGAAGAUGAAAUUGAUAAAUUAGUUAAACAACAUAAUCUUCAACAAGGAGUAGAUCUUGAUAAUGAUUCUCAUAAUCAUAGUCAAAAUGAAAUGGAUUUAUCAGUUUUAGAUCAAGAAAUUGCUACAUUAGCUCCAUUAAUUAAUGCUCAUAAUGAAGGAUUUAUUGAUAAUAAAUUAGAUAAAAAGAAGAAAUCAUUAAUUCUGUCAAUAAAAAAUGAUGGUGAUAAAGUUGGAACUAAUAAUCAACAAUCACUUCGAACAACUCCAUUAAUGGGGAAACCAGCAAAUACUCCUAGAAUGGGUAAAUUAGCAUCUAUUCAACCUUUAGCUUCAAGAUUAUUUACUAGAACAGUUAAUGGUAUUACAAGUACUGAUACUGGAUCAAAUACAACUAUAAUUUCAUCAUCAAAUUUAAGUGGUUCAGGAAAUCAAUCAUCUUUAAAAGGUUUAACAUUUAAUAAAAGUAGUAAUUUAUCAACUCCAUUACCUCAAUUACCUUCUCCAACUCCUAAACCAGAACCUCCUAAAUUAGAAGUACCAGUAUUAGAAAUAACUUCAGAACCUACAACUAUAAGAUCAAGACCUCCAUUACGUGCAAUAACUGUUAAGGGUUUUGAACCUAAUUUAAAUAAUUUCAUUGUUCCUAAAACUUUAGAUGAACCAUCAAAAUAUCCAAAACCAAAAAGAAGAAAAGAUAUAACUAAAAAGCCUCCUAAGAAAGUUUAUAAUUUAGAUGAAAUUCCUGAACCUUAUCGAUCAAAACCAUCACUUUCUUAUCAAUCAUUAAUUACAUUAGUAUUAAGAGCUCCAAAUCAUACAAAUGGUUUAACUCUUAAUGAAAUUUAUGAUGCUAUAAAGGAACAAUAUCCUUAUUAUAAUUAUUGUGCUGAUGGUUGGCAAUUCUCUAUAGCCCAUAGUGUAAAAUUAAAUAAGACGUUUAAAAGGACAAUUAAACGAGCUGAUGAAUGGAUUUAUACUAUGGAUGAAUUAUAUAUUGGAGAAAGAGAAAAGGCAAAGAAGAAACAACAAGAGAUUGCUACAGCCAAGGCUAAAGAAGCAACUAUAAAGGCAGAAGAAUUAAAACAAAAGCAAAGACUUGAGGCUCAACAAGCAGCAGCAGCAGCCGCAGCUUCAAUACCAAAUCCUCAAAGUCUUGUAGGAAGAAGUUAUAGUCCACCUUAUGGAUUACCUCUUACCACAGGUAUAAGACCAGGAGCACCAAAUUCUUAUUUACCUCCUAAUUCAUAUAAAGCACAAAUUCCAGGAAGUAAUAAUAAUAAUGGUCAAAAACCUAAGACAAUUGCUGAAUUAGCUAGUGAAAUUAGAAGAGAUGGUAGUGGAACAUCAAAGGCUCCAAUGUAUUUUAAACCUCAAACAAAUCUUCCAGUUGUUCAAUCAAUUAAUUCAGGUAAUAAUAAUACUAUUAAAGCUCAAUUAGCAGCUAAUAGAUCACCAUCAAAUUCUCAAUCUCCUACACCUCCAUCUUCCAGUACUAAUUCUCAAACUCCACAAUCUGGAAUUAUGAAUCAAGAUAUGAAGAAAUCUUUGGCUUAUUUACAAAAGGAAUUAUUUACAUUAUAUAAGGCAAGAAACUUAUCAUAUAAUACAGCAACUACUACUGAAAUUAUUACUAAGGCUUUAGCAACAACAAUUGCUCAAGUUAAUGUUAUUGGUGCUAAAGCUGGUUGUGGUGAUAAUGCUUUAAGUUUCUUAGUUGAAAAGGCUCCUCAACAAGUAAGUAAGAUUUUAGAUAUCGCCUUAACUAAAUCUAUAAAGGAGAAACAAGGUAUAAUAUCUUCUAGACCAACAAGUAGACCUGGUACACCUGGUCCAUCAACACCUUCAGUACCUCCUACUCCUGUGAAACAAGAACAACCUCCUAAACCAAUUAAUGUUUCAACUCCAGUGAUUAAAAAUCCUUCACCAAUAUCUGUCCAUCAACCAAUUCCUCAAGUAACUUCUACACUGAGUUCAAUAAUUAAAUCUAAUACAACUACAACUCCAAAGGCUGAAUUACCUCCACAUUCAUCAACUAAUUCUACUCCAAUAAUUUCAAAUCCAGUGGCACCAAUAACUAGUACUAAACCUACUAUAUCAUCUCCUAAUAUCACAGAAAAGUUGCAAACAUCUCCUCCAACUAUUUCUACUACAAUGCCUAAUAGACCCUUAGGAUUAUCUAAACCUCCAAGUUAUAAAUCCGAUUCUUUAGGUCGUCCACCAAAUUUCUCAAGUCCACCAUCAUUAUCAAAGCCCGGAGGUUUUUCUAAGCCAGGAGUAGGAGGUAGUGGAUUAUCGAGACCACCAACAUUUUUAUCAAACAAGCCUGGUUUAAGAGAAGCUACAUCAAAUACAACUACAACUACAACUACAACCACAACCACAACUACAUCUGCUACAUCUGCUACACUUAAACAUGACCUUGAUGAAAAUGAUAAGAGCACUAAUGAAAAUGCCAAAAAGAUCAUCAAAACAGAAUUCUAGACUAGAACUUAUCUUGUAUAAUUAAUGUAUUAUUCUUAUUACUAUAGUUUAUUGUUUCGUUACUCUUUAUCCGCUAUCAAAUGUCGCACAGUAAAUUUUCUACGACGGCAAUUUUUGUUUUGUCUGUGCGACACAAAUGGUCAAAUUGGAAAUGUACGGUGGCGAUCGAAAUUUAAAGGGUAUUUGUAUGGAACACACUAU